AUGCUGACCAUUCAUCACCAUCAUCAAGGGAGCCCGCCAUCACCAGCGACUGUUGCGGUGAACGUCGAUGACGAUGAGCUGGAGCUUGGCAACAGCCCGUUGGAGUAUCAUCCGAGUCCAUUUCGCCUCCCGGAACGAAGCCAUAGUGAGAGUACCAACAACAAGGCCAAGCACCCGCAACGAACUGUCCCAGUAACCGCUAGCCUAGAAGAAGAUCCUGACUGUGCUCUACAACAGGAAGUUCCGCAGAUGCCUCCACUGAAGCGAAUGGACAGUCUCCCGACAGCUCCAUGGCGAAGACAGAGUAUCGAAGACAAGAAAGCGGCACAAGCAGCAGCCUUGGUGGAAGAAGACGAAGAACCGCAAGAAGCUCAUCCUACCAACGAGCCCGUCAAGAGAAAGGGACGACUACCAAAGUUGACCCUGACCCGUGGAUCCAGUGAUGAUACAAUCCCUCGCAAAGCCGUCCGCAAACCAAGCAAUGAUAAGAAAGAAAACAAGGGAGCUCUGUCCUUUCGAUUGCCAGUCCGCAAACCAAGCAAUGAUCACAAUGAUGCUGCCAAUAAAGAGACUGCCAAGUCCUUUCGCAUGCCACCCCGCAUGCCCAGCCGAUCAUCGAGCCAGGACGAUUCGACGGCCAGUCGCAGCCUUCGCUUUCUUUCCUUUCGACGCAAUCAAACCAACAGCUCGAAUUCCACAGGAAACAAGGUGGCAGGCUGUGGGCACCAUCAUGAUGAGCAAGACAAUAUCAAUCAUGGCAGCAGCCAUCAUGAACCUGAAGAUGAUGAUCACAACCGACUCGUCAUUACCGGCAAGAGUCAACGUCGCAUAUUCAGCAAGCGAGAGUUCUCAACGGCAGAACUUGGCUCCACCGAGGCCAUGACCGAAAAAGAUGAGGAUGCGGACUACAUCUUGGACCAGCUCACACCCAACAUGCUCUCCAAGCUAGACCUGCUGGAGGAUAGCACCAACAGCACUCCUCUUUCGGCGCAGAACAAGAAGGACCGACAAGCGAGUCUUCACUUGCACCAGAUCUUUGGAGGAGGCAGCAGUCGACGCGGCAUGAAUUCGUUUCGUCGACAAUUCUCGGGUUGGGGCACCAGCAGUCGACGAGGAGGGAUAGGGCACCACAACGGGCACAACAACAACAAUAGUGGUGGAUCGCGAGCCAGCUUUUUUAGUUCCAUUUCCAGUGCUUUCUCGUCGGUGCGCGGUGUCUUUGUCUUUACCAUGAGCAACAGUGAUCGGAAUCUAGCCGAAAUGGAUGGGAACAGUGUGCCCAUUCUCGUGGACGAUGAUAAUGUCUCGCGAUACCACAACUACCACGAAGAUGAUGAUAUUCAGGACUACUAUUGUCGUUGCGGAGGUGAGAAUAAAGAAGGGCAAGAAGAAGAAUGUGCCGCCCACCCACCGCAAAUGCCAUGGCGCCGUCUGAGCUUGACAUCCAGUUCGCGUGGCUCCAAAAAUGGCUUUCAUCCGCCGCAACAACCGUGGCGCCGCAACAGUUUGGCAUCUAGUUCGCAGCGAUCGAACGGAUUCCCGCCGCAACAACCGUGGCGUCGCAACAGCUUGACGUCUAGUUCGCAGCGAUCCGGUGGCUUUUCAGGAUCUCCGGGUACCAGCAGUCGUUCUACUGGCGCUGGCCAGUUUGACGGAGUGCCUCGACCACCCGGUCGUCGAAGCAGUUUGGUGGGAGCCACCGUGGACUGCAUUGCGGAAGUGGAUAAUGAGGUCGACGCAUCGGCCAGCUUUCAUGUCGACGACGAUGACGAAUUCAGCAAGGACUCGGAAUCUGCCGCUCCAUUCGAUUUCCAGCGCAGUCGAAGAUCGCUUCAACACCUCGAAGAGGUUCGCAUCGACGAAUCUUCCGUCUACGAAGAAUCAUCUGGCAGCAACCGGAGGUUCCACAGCAGUGCUCCCAUGCCCGAUUUCGAUUCACUUUCGGACGACCAAUCCAGCUCGGCCAAGAGUAGUCGCAGACAGAGUGCACCCGCCCGGCCCAUGCGCAUGAGUGAAGAAGAUGUAAUGAGUACUGGCGAGAGCAGGUUUCGCAGCAAUUCCAACAAGAGCAUCAUGAGUGAAGAAACCGAGCUUCCCUUUCCCGUGCGCCGCGAGUCGAUUCAGACGGUUCAGACUGCGGCGUCAGGAGCAUCGUCCGCUUGUCGUCGUCGGAGCUUUUCUGCAACCAAGGCACCCAGUAGUGUUCCUCCGGAAGCCACGACCUUGGAAAAGAAAGCUUUCUUGAAGAAGACAUUGCAUUUUCCCAAGCAACGACUGGGCCAGGUCUUGAGGCGAGUCUCGGGCAUAGGGAAGAGGAGGCCAAGCACUAGUAGCAGGUCUCACCGUAGCUAA